AUGUCAGAUUUGGAACAAACAAAUAAAGAUCAGCAAAAUGCUGAUGAAGAACUAAAUAUCAACGCGUUAGUAGAAAAUCUACUGUUGAGUGAUAAUGAUAAACAAAAUACUCUCCAGAAACAUAAUAAUGAGAUUAUCAAUGAAAAUCUUAAACAAAAUGAUAUAAAAAAAAAUACUAAACAGAUCGGUGGCAAUGACGAUGUUUUAGAAUUAGCCUCCAUAGUGAGCCAUGCCAUGCAGACUAUUCAGCACGAAAAUAGUGAUACUCAUGAUGUUGAUAUGAACGUUGAUACUCAUAAUGAAAAUAUAGAAUCUGUUUCUACAAGUGAUAGGACCGACAAUAACAACCACGAUGAGAGCAAUCCCGUACAAAAUGAAAAUCAAGAACAGGAAUGGGCACAUAUAUUACAACAAGGAUUAUUGCAACACCAGCACGAGAAUGAAGAAACUACACAGAAUACCAAAAACAGUAGCAAUGAACAUACUACUCGUUUUGAUACUAUAAACGAUUUUGUUGAUGAUGAAGAUGUUAUUUUUGGAAAUGCCAUUUUAUCCUCAUUAAGAAAUAUGGAACAACAAGAAAGAGUCAACGAACCUCAAAAUACUAAGAAGAACGACCUUGAACAUUCGAAUUUCAAUAGCAUAGAAACAGGAAAAAAUGGUAAAAAUAAAAAGAAAAAAUCCAAGAAAAAGAGUAAAAACAGUGAAACACAGAAAAAGGCCAAAAGCAGAAAACCAAAAAGUAAAGAAGAUGUCGCUACAGUUCAGCAACAAAAAAGCAAAACAGAGAAAGAAGUCAGCAAUGAUGUAAAUGAUCUUACUGAUACUCAAGACCUAGUGGCUGCCACUUUAAAAGCAUUUGAAAGUCAAAUAAUGCAGACGGAGGAUACUAAUAGCAAUACAACAGAAACAGCCCCUGUAAAGAAAUAUUCCAAGACAAAUAAAACUUCCGCAGGACUCACUGAUGAAAAUGUAUCUGCUCUACCGAAGAAACAAAAAAAGAAAGAGACAGCUUCUAAGGCUUCAAGGAAAUCAAAGAAAAAGGAAACUCCCAAAAAGGUAAAUUCUGAAAUGGUCUCAACAGAUGAUAUAUUAGGCGGUGAUGACCUAUUUUCUAAACAACUACAGGAUAUUAUUCAUAGUGUUGUCAAUAGUACUUUGCAGGAUAUGCCCACUACCAAAAAAAAAGUUUCUCGAAAAAAAUCUACUAUUGAGAGUUCAGAUAGUUUAAAGGAAAAAAAGAAAAGGAAAGAGCCAAAAAAUAUUGGCAGCAAGUCUAAAAAGACUUCUAAUAAAAGAAAAGGAUCCGUUUCUACUCAAGAAACUGAUUUUGAUAUUGGCCAAAUCAUGCAGGAUGCAAUGAAAUUGGCAUUUAAAGAUUCUUCUUCAUCUUCUGCUACCGUAGCAACAAAGAUACCAACACCGGUGACAAAAGUUUCAACUUUAGAAAAACCCACUACUAAAACUAAAAAUAAAAAAACUGGGAAGAAAAAGACAAAACAGAUUCCAAACGAAUUGGGAAUUAACAUUUCUGGUAUUUUGGAUUCUACCAUGACAAAUAAAGAAAAAGAGGCAGCUGCAUUAAAGAAGAAAGCCAAUGCAAAAUUGUUAAAGAAAAUCCCCCUAAUUCCAAUGACUACUUCUAUAAGCUUACAUUCUAAUUAUCAAAAAAGAAAAAGUAUAUUAAGUGGUAAAAAGGAGAAUGAUAUUAAGUCAACAUCCACUGACACUAAUGUUGUAAACAUCAAUAAGCCUGCUUUAAUUCCUAGACAAAUUCCAUAUCAUCCUGUUAGUAGUUUAUCGCAAUAUUUUAGGCCUCAUGGAGACUCAUUUACAAUUGAUAAGAAAAAAACGUCUACGAAAACAACAAAAGAAAAGAAAGGUAAACAGCUUAACGAUAAUUCUAAAAACAAUAAGGGUCUAUCCGGUGAAUGGAUUUUGAGUGAUAUUGACACAACAAAGACAAAAGGCACGAAGGAAAAGGAUUCUGGAAAAAAAACUGAUCUUCAAUCGAAAGAAACAGUUGACAUGCAAGUGGAAAACAGAAUUAUACCUUAUGUACCGCCGGCUACAAUUACAUCUUCUAUGCCAAACGACAUGCCAACUAUGGAUAUGUAUGCAUCAGUUAUCGAUACAGAUCUACAAAAUAUCCUUUCAGAACAUGGCAAAACUAAAUCGAUCGAAAAUCUUGGAGAGAAUGCUACAAUUUCAGUUCCAUCGAAAACAAAGAAGAAAAAAGAUUACAGAACUAGUAGAAAGAAGAAUAAGUCUACUUUGCUUGGUACUGAUUUUAUUAGGCUUCAGGAAAAUGUACCUAAAGUUGUAACUGCUGAAGAAGAGCGGAAAAAACUAAAAAAAUGCUAUCACAAAUGUGCUAAGGAAGUGGCACAUAUAUCGAGUAAAAAACUAACUAAGUGGAGAGUUGAGGAAAGAGAAAAACGCAACUUGUUGAGAGCCAAAGAACGUGAAACCAGAAGGCAACGUAGAGAGUUAUUAAAAAAGGAGAAAACAAGAAUCGAAACAAAUUUGGAGGAAAUUGUGGCCAAAGGACCACCUUAUCCAGUUUAUUUAAAGCUGAAAAAAAAUGGCGAACCGAAAAAACCGUAUAGGAGAUAUAACGAUGAAGAAAUCGCAAAACGGGAGCAAAUGAAAAAGGAUGGCUUUUUAGAUGAGUUGGGAAGAAAGAUUUACAAACGUAAGGGAGACAAAAAAACCAAAGGGUUGAGCCAUAUGACCAAAAAACAGAUGGACUCGAUGCUAGACCCAACCAAGAAAACCUCAAUUCAUAAGGAAAAGAUUCUGUUGCAUCCCCCUUGGAUAAUUCCUGAACAUCCCCCAUAUGCGUUGCCCAUGGUUAAAAGAAAUGUAAAACUUGUCGUGUCAAGACCUAAAACUGCACAAGAAAGCCAUGUCAAAUCUUCCAAAAAAACCAAGAGGACAAGCAACGAUGAUACCUCCAAAAAGUUGGCUAAAAAAUAUAAUAUUCCAAAAAAGAUGACUUAUGCGGCUAUUCAGUCCAUUUCUUCCUUAUUGCCCUUAUUAUCCAUGCUACCCCCUGAAAUGACGCCCGUUGCCAAUGCUUUAAAGACUGUAAUUGCUGCUAGGGCUGCUGUGGCCAUUGCCAAGACCCAAAAGGACAAGGCAAUUGUCAAUAAUCAAAUAUCCAAUAUUAUCAAACAAGCUAAAACAACCAUUGUAAAAGUGUUGGCUGAACAGCAAUUAAAAAAACAAAAAAUGAAAAAAUCGCAACAAGUGGGAAGGGAGGAGAAUCAAGAUCAGAAUCAACAGGAUGACGAUGCUGCUGAAUUGAAUAAUAUUAGCAAUAAUGCUAUUGUAGUCUCAAAUUUUGCACCCUCUUCUCUUACAGGAUUAUCAUCGAAUGUUUUAUUAAGCACCAAUUCGCGGUUAAACUUAAAUGGGUUGAAAAAACUUGAGCUAAAAAAAAAAAAAAAAAGGAAGCGGCUUGAUAUUUCCAAAUCUGAAGAUCAACAGACAGCGUUAAAUGCUGAACCUGGGAAGAUUGUGGAUGAUAAUCUUGAAUUGAAACAUGGAAAGGUUGUUUUGCAGGUUACAGCUGAGAAUUCUGUGACUGACAGUUCAGUGGGUGUGUUACAAAGUAAUGCUAAUCAAGAAGAUGAAUUUGUUACUAAAAGUACUAUAAAUAAAGACAAUGAUAAUGAUAUCGAUAAGUUCGACAAAGCUUUUAUUGAAGUUCCAACCGAUCCAUUGUUGAUUGCUGAGAGCAAUAAGGAUAUUAUGGAACCGACCAGCGAUAAUGACAUAGCCGAAGUAGAAAACAAUAAGGACGAUAACUCUUCCAAGGAUAUUACUGAGAAUAACUACAAUGCUGUUAUUGAAGAUCAGAAUGAAGCUAUUAAUGGAAGUUAUGACAAUUUAAAAGAUACUGAUGAUGCAGACAAGAUUGAAAUUUUUAAUACUACUGUUCAAGGAGACUUUAGUGGAGAUACUGGACAUAAACAAGUUGUCAACAAAGAAAAUGAGGCGUUAAUAGAGAAAGGAAAAGAUAAGGAGACAACUUCUGUUGAUAACCACACUGAUACUGAUCUAGUUAAUAGAACAACCAAUGAAACCAAGAAAUUACAGCUUUCUUUGGAUGAAACUAAUGGAAUUGACACAUUGCUGCUUCCAUCCGAUGAAACUACCAAUAAAAAUGAAAGUACGGUGAAGGAAGAUGAUAACCAGGGUUUUAUUAAAGAAGAAAAAAUUUCACAUUUAGUUACUGCUAUUUUCCAAAGAAUUACAGAACCAUUGGAAAAACAUCUUGAGAAGGAAAAGGAGGAAAUUAAUACUAGAAAAAGAAAGAUCCCACUUAGAUCUCAAAACAAAAUUAAUAUGGAUGACGUUGUUAUUCCUACAAGGCAACAUGAUUUUAUACCCGCAAGGAAGAAACGUAGGUUGACUAGUAUUAGUAUGAUAGAAGACGACAAAGAAAGUAUUGGGAAUUUUAUUGAAAUACAGAAUGACAACACGAAUAUGGAAAGUAAAGUUAGCAUGACCUCCAACAACUAUGACCAUCUCAGUGAAAAUCAUUUAAUUAAAAUGGAAAGGGAUAAUAUUAAAGGCAUAGAGGUGCUUGAUGGUGAUCGGUCAAAUGAUGGCCACGUGCAAAAGAUAAUCAAAACCGAAUCUAGACCUAAGCUAAGUACAACUGCAAUUUAUAGGAUCAAACAAGAGCAAAGAAAUAUGAAAUUUUUCAAUUUUAAGGUUGUUUUACCAAAGAAACGUAUUGAUGGAUCACCUUUGAAACGUAUACCCAUAUUUAACAGAUUAAAGGGCAAGCUAUCGGAUAAGGAAAUUGCUAUAUUAAAAAGAGAAGUGACUACUGAAAGAAAAAGACGUUGGAGAAUGGAUAAAGCGAUUAAAAUGCAAAAAGGACUUUCCGAAACCCAUAGCAGUAAUAAAACUGGUAUUGUGGUGGAAAAUUCUCGGAGUGCUAAUGAUAUUCACACUGGUACCACACCAGAUAGUGUUGGGAAUAAUACAGCUGAUGAUGCUAAAGGAAAGUAUUGUGAGCAAAAAGACAUUAGUGAUGAUGACAAGUCUAAAGAAAAUAACGGUGAGGACGCCUCGUUAAAAAUCGUUGAUCCGAUUAUUCUUGAAGAUAGUAAAAAAAAUGAAGGGGAUACAAAUUGCGUUAGCAACACCACAAGAGAUAAUGGUUUAGAAGGAAAAGAAAUUCGGGACACUGCCCCAGCUCUGAACAUUACUAAGAGCAAGGGUACUAAGAACACCUCUAGUAAGGUAACUAAACAAGUGUAUGAAGGUAUUACAGCUGUUAGUGACGAAGAAGUGUUAAGUUUAGUAUGUUUUUUGUAUAACCGGGAAGAUGUCGUCAAACAGGUAGUUAAAGAAGUGGAAGAGGAGGCUAAAAUACCUUCUGCUUCAGGGGCCAAAUCAAAGAAACGUAUUAAAGUUGAAAAAGAAGGAGAACAAGUUAGCAAAAAGAUAAAAAUUAGCAGAAGGGGAAGGCCAAGGAAAAUUAAAAUUGAAGAUGUUAACAGCACCAAUGAUGCAAGCAGCGAAAAUAAGAGCACUGAUUUGAAACAAGAUUUUGCGUCCAUUACCUCUGAUUUAUCUAAAGAAAAAGAGCAAAGUGAUGAAAACCAAGAUGAUAAUGUUAAUAGUUCAAGCAACGUAACUGAUAAACAGCAGGCUAUUCAUCCAAGCGAUGCACAAUCAGCAAGUGGUGCUUCUAGUACCAUUUCUAGUAAUAUAUCAGCAUCUCCAACACCUUUAAGAUUAAAUAAACGUAUUUUUGCAAGGCCAAGUUAUACAUAA